UAUUUUGUAUAGAUACAGCAGGCAUUUUUGAGGGUUGUAACACAGAUUUUUCUCUUGCCUUGGAUCGGAGCUACUCUGAGUGAACAAAUGCAAAUGUGCCAGGCCUCAAGGAUAAUGGGUGGUUUGCACAACAAAAGCAGGAGGAGAAUCGAGCUGACGACCUGUGAAAAUUUCAACAGGGGUGAUUAACACCUCGGGACUUCCACCAGAAAAUAAAAAAGUCAGUAAUUCUAGGAGGUCUUAGGUUCAGAGGAUUUACGCAAAUUUGCGCAGGGCUAAUAAAUCUAGUAGUAGGGACUUGCACCAGGAAAAAAAAGGCUCAGUAAUUCUAGUGUUAACACCCCGCUGAGAUUUUCACAGGCUUUCAGCUCCAUUGUUCUCCUGCUUUUGUUGGAGAACACACCCUCCCCCAACCAGGAGAGAUUUGUGUAUGUGUAGGAGUGGCAUUGCUUGACUACAGCACAGUGCUGUGCAUAAAAGCAGACCGACCAGGAGAGAGAAUCAUUUCUUCUUCGCAUUUCUGAGAACGCACAUCAGGAUGGCCUCCGUAUCACUGCCACGCAGGAAGAACCUCUCCAUGCAACAGACUUUGGCCUUGCUUCAGGAAAUGGACGAAGCGGAUUCUGAUGGAGGAGGGGUUUCAUUUGUCCAGCAGGCCACUGAUGCCUCCUCAGAAGAAUCUGAAAAGGAGACGGAACAAGAACCCAACAUGCCUCCACGGAAGAGGCCCCGUGGUACUGGGAAGCCCAGCCAGAGCCACACGGCAAAAGACGGCACUGUGUGGGUUGAGGAGGACAUUGGAAUGCCCAGUGCAGAAGCAAAUCGCUCGUGCUUCACUGCGCAAGCUGGACCCACAGAGUUUGCUAAGCGUAAAAUUACAAGUGUGCUCCAAAGCUUCCUUUGCCUGUUAGACGUGGGAAUGCUGCACACCAUCAGGGAUUGUACGGUCAAUCAAGCCCGCAGAACAGAGCCGGACUGGAAUUUGUCAGUUCAUGAACUGAUGGCAUUCAUUUCAAUUCUGUUUGUAAGAGCAAUCAUGUGUCCUGUUGGUGCCAUUGUGGAUUGCUGGUCAGAAAGAUUUCUGGUGCCAGUAAUCAAAGAGACAAUGCCCCGAGAUAGAUUUAUUUCAAUUAUGCAACACCUUCGAUUUGAUGACAAGGACACGCGGGCAGAACGGGUGAAAACAGACAAAUUUGCGGCGAUCUCCGACAUCUGGACACGCUUCAACGAGAACUGUGCUAAGAGUUUCACUCCAGGAGAACACAUGACCAUAGAUGAACAGCUGUUCCCUACCAAGGUUCGUUGUCCAUUCACACAGUAUAUCGCAACCAAGCCAGACAAAUUUGGGAUCAAGUUCUGGAUGGCCACGGACUUGGAGACCAAAUAUGUCUGCAGUGCAUCUCCUUACUUGGGAAUAGACCCCAGUCGUCAGAAGGGAGAGAGGCUGGCAGAGAACGUGGUCAUGAAACUGAUGGAGCCGUUUUUGGAUGAUGGGAGAAAUGUCACAACGGACAAUUUCUUUACUUCACUGUCGCACAGACUGCUGCAGCACAAAACAACGUUACUGGGCACGGUGAAUAAAGUCCGGCGUGAACUUCCUCAACUUGCACGGAUGUAUUCCGUAAGAGCAGCAACACGCAGGUGGCCAGUAGCAGUUUUCUACAAUAUGCUGGACCUGGCGGCGGGGAAUGCCUACAUUUUGUACAAGGCAUGUACAGGGUGGAGAGGCAAAAGAAGAUUGUUUCUGAGUCUUCUAGCUCAGGAACUUCGUUGCCGAUUCAUGCAGCACAAGGAAAUAUUCGCACAGGCCGCUGGAGCUGCUGCAGCUGCUGUGCCAGGGACUGGAAAGAUAACGCAGUGCCAGGUGCAAGAGAGCUGCAACAGGAAUCGCAGCAGGUUUACCUGUGCAACAUGUCACAAAUUCACCUGUGCCAAAUGCAGGGAUGAUGAACACUGGGUCUGCAAACGCUGUAAAGUUUGA